UGCUCUGGGGGUGCUGGUUAGUAAUGUGUAAGAGGAGGCUAAAGCUAUGGCCUUUAGGGCACAGAAGGAGCAAGCUCUCAUUUCCCCCAGGUCCCCUAACACCCAGCUUUUACCCAUUACUAACUUGCCAAGCAGUAUAACGCCACCACCUUCUGCUCCUCAUAAAUGUUCAUGGGAUUCACCAAGAGCUGAAAGAGACCUGAAGGAACAACGUGAAGCCAAAAGUCAGUGGACAGCUCCAGCCCUGCCCCAACCCUGCCCUUCAGCUUCCAUACUUGCCUAUGGCCAGGAGCCCACCAGUGCCUGCUCCUAGCAGGAAAGCAGUUACUGGAAACUCCCCUGGCUGUCGCCACAGGAACCGGAUCCAGGAAACUGGAAGACUCCAGAGGAGCAGCCCCUGUAUGACUGAAUUGGGGACAGUUCAGCUCAUAGCCUCUUCUAGCUGAGUGAGGUUCACUAAGAGCAGAGCCGGUUGCUGCUACUGGUAGCUUCCUUUGGGCUGGUGCUACAAGGGCCUUGUGCGAACACCCUGCAGAACUUCACCCGGGCAAGUGAAGCUGUGGCUUGUGGGGCAGAGCUGGCCCUGAACCAGACGGCUGAAAUGCUGGAGCGGGCCAAGCAGCCCCUUAUCAGUGCUCUGUCUAAGAUUAAAGCUAUUGCCCAGAAGGCCAAAGUGGUGGGUGACCGGAUACGCAAGUUCUUCCGGUCCAUUAUAGAUGCCGUGAAACACAUAGCCAGGUGCCUGCAGAAUGUGUGGUAUUGGCUCCUUCAUAUUGGUGAUAUGUGCAACUCCGAGCUGGGCAACCCUUACUCAAAAUGCACACAGGUGUUUGAUGAUGCCAAGAUCCACUGUAUGAAGGUCGUUUCGGGAUUCCCUCACCUGUGUUAUGCGCUCUUGCCCUACAAACUGCUGGUCUGUGGACUUGCCAGCUUGGUCCAGAAAUUCUGUGUCUUGCCUUCCUACCUCGAAUUUUUCCUGCGAACGGUCAUCCGCACUCCCGUGAUGAAACUGCUUGGCAAGCUACGUCGAGAGUUUGAGUUCAACAUGACAGCCACCCACUACUUCUCUGUGGACCUCAAUUCCUCUCGGAGCCUGUCCCAGGUGGCUUUGGACCUGCAGGAGGCUGUCAGCAUGAAGUUGUACACUGCCAGGGAGGCGCUGUCUUUGAUGGGCUACACCAUGCCUCUGCUUAUUGGAUUUCUCUACAUCCAAGCCCUGUGUUACCGGUACUAUUAUCUGAACUCCGACAAAUUCGACAAUGUCUAUAUUACCAGGCGCUUCCUAGACAUGGAGGCAGUACGCUCCCUUGCAGGGAUGCCUACGGUGCUGCCUCUCAGUUCUCAUGAGGCCAAACACUACAUCCAGCCAGACUCCAUGUUCCUGAGCCAGCGGGAACAGAUGUUUUAUACCUUGGAGAUCUUUAACCUCACCCGCCAUCUCCUCAUCAUGCUCCUCCUGGUCUUUCUGGACUAUGGCGUCUUCUGGCUACUUGAUCUGGCCCGGUACCACCUCCAGGGCGAGAUUGUAGCCCGCAGCCCUGUGGUAGUGUCUAUAUCGGUGGAAGGGUCCGGCUACUCAGGGAAUAUUUACCGUGACCUGGCGUCAGCGUUUGAUGUUAUGCAACAAGGCAACGUCAGUGUAUUGUCGCCGCGCUGCACCCUGCACCCCUCAGAACCGGAUGCUAAGGGUUACAUCGUUAUUGGUACCAUGUACGGUCUGUGCUUCUUCGUCACUCUGUUUGGCAGCUAUGUCAGCAGGCUGCGGCGUGCUAUCUGUGCCUCCUAUUACCCCAGCAGGGAACAGGAAAGGAUCACCUACCUUUACAACAUGCUUCUGAGCCAUCGGACCAACAUAACGGCGACAGUGCAGCGAGCAGUGAGGCGACGGUCAGCUGACCAAGGCCAAAUGAAUAUCCUCCAGGUGCUGGCCAUCCGGUUGCCUUUUCUAAGGCCAUUGCUUGGCCCGUUUUCGCUGCAGCAGUCUUACUGCAUGGGCUGUGGGGAGCCUGAAGACAAAGGGGGCAUGGAGAACUUUGUGUCCUGCAGUACCCCAGGCUGCAGAGGUCUCUACUGCCCUACCUGUUUCCGUCUCCUAAACAACACCUGUUCUGUGUGUUCUGCUCCACUCUCCAACCAGGGGCACCUGGACCUGGAGCUGGACUCCAGUGAUGAGGAGAGUCCUCAGCUGUGGCUGGCUGCAGCUCGAAGAAAGGCCCCCGAGCAGGAGCUGAAACUUCGACAACAGCUUCAGGAAGCACUGGGCACGAACCUUUCAGACAAGUCCACCUCCAAGCCCGAGCGAGCAGGAAACAGGGGAUCCAACACCUUCCUCUGGACUUUGUGGCCACUGGACAUGCAUACAGAACUCACACAUAUAAACAAGCAAAGCAUUCAUAAAGAUAAUGAAUAUUCAAGGACAGAGAUGGCAUCAUGGCUAAUCUUGCUAUUCUUCCGAAGAAUCCGUCCUAGCGCUCAUGUUAAGGGGAACCAGGACAGAAAGCAGUGACUUCAGAGGAAGCGUCCACAGCAUCUCCCAGAAGCUCAUCUGGCUUUGUGGGCCUCCCCUUUCUCCCAGAACCCCAGGCACCACUUCGGAAAUCCCUGUCCCCAAACAAGACCCCUCCCCAGCCUCAGACCCUCCCGACCCCUCCCACUGCCGCCCCCCUCCCCCAAUAAAGGAACCAAAAGUGGACACAAA